GAUUUGGGGCUGCAAGCACGAGAAAGAUAUUUUAUCAAGGGAUAUAAUAUUAUUUUAUCAAGGGCUAUAAUAUAAAUUCAGCAGGCCCUGGGCAAAGCAGAAGGGGGGGCGGCGGCGGCGGCUGCUGCAAGCGUAAUAGCAAAUAGUAAACGGACCAGCAUGGUGAAUCGGCUCGAUUGCUGCAGGAGGAGGAGGAGGAGGACGUUUCAAAAAUUGAUAAAUUGCGAAGGGCAUGCGAGAGUUAGGGAAAAGUGCAAUAGUCACCGCCAAGCCCUGGGCGCUGCAGGGGUUGGGGGAGGUAGGGGAUCUUUGUAAAGUAUCAUUGAGUAGGGAACUCACCCCGCAAGGCCUGCUAGGAUAGACAUGGGUGAGUCGAUGGGUGCAUAAUACAGUAAUAAUUUAAUUUAAUUUAAUAAAUUUUAUUAUUUGCACCCCACCCAUUAGCCUGGGUUGCCCCAGCCACUCUGGGAGGCUUCCAACAUAGAUAGAAGCAUAAUAAAACAUCAGACAUUAAAAACUGCACCGUGGCACCUGCCCUCUUACUGUGCCUGCCCUGAAAAAAGUUACAGGGUGCAAGGUUCUCUCCCAUGCACAGCACACACUAGAGAGGGAGCUGGGCUUUAAAUAUUGCCCCCAAAAAGGCUUGUGAAAAGUUUGGGCCCUGCAAAGGGGUUGGGAGAGGGAGAACAUUAGGAAGCAGGGGCAGCCAGGGCUUUUUUUCAGGCAGAACUUGCUGGAAUUGAGUUCCUGUGCAUCUCAGGUGGGCGCCAUUGCCAUUAUGAGAGAACAAGGAUAGAAUGGCUGAUCCUUGUCCCCGUGAACCCUCCUCCUGCGACUGCUUCGUCUCUCUUCCCCCGGCCUCUGCGGCCAGAGAGGUCAUAUUUGGCAAGAAUUCUGACCGGCCGAGGGAUGAAGUCCAAGAGGUAGUCUAUUUCCCAGCCGCAAGCCAUGCCAAGGGGGCAAAGGUCCAGUGCACAUAUAUUGAAGUGGACCAGGUUGAGAAGACCCAUGCGGUCAUUCUCAGCCGACCAGCCUGGCUCUGGGGAGCUGAGAUGGGGGCCAACGAGCACGGGGUCUGCGUUGGCAAUGAAGGGGUGUGGACCAAGGAGCCCGUGGCAGAGGAGGAAGCCUUGCUGGGCAUGGAUCUGGUCAGGCUCAGUUUGGAGCGGAGUAAGAGUGCCCAGGAAGCAGUCCAGGUUAUAACAGCCCUCCUGGAACGUUAUGGCCAAGGGGGCAGUUGCAAGGAGGAGCCGACCCCCUUCAUUUACCAUAACACCUUCCUCCUUGCGGAUCGCACUGAAGCCUGGGUUGUAGAAACAGCCGGUCAGUUUUGGGCGGCUCAGAGGAUUCAAGAAGGUGCCCGGAACAUUUCCAACCAGCUGAGCAUUGGCACCGAUAUCACGUCUGAGCAUAUGGGCCUCAGGCAGCAUGCCCGGGAGCAGGGAUGGUGGAAUGGCCAAGGGGCGUUCAGCUUCCUGGAGGUGUUCUCUCUCACCCACCAGCCUGUGCGCAUGGAGGCGGCCAAAGCUCGCUAUUGUGCUGGCCAGCAGCUGCUGCGCCAACAUUCAGGGCAGAUCACUGCAGAGACCAUUAUGACCAUCUUGAGUGACAAGGCCAGCGGGAUCUGCGUUGAUUCGGAAGGUUUCUGCACCACGGGAAGCAUGGUGUCUGUCCUGCCGCAGGAUCCCCACCUGCCUUGCAUCCACUUCUUCACGGCCACGCCAGACCCUUCCAGGUCGAUCUUCAAGCCCUUCAUCUUCGUUCCCAACGUCACUUUCUUUCACCAAGUGCAAUCGCCGACCUUUGGCGACAAAGACCCCGUCAGGGAGAUGCCCAGGUUUCAGAGGCGGGUGGACCGACGCCACAAUCUCUACAGGGAACACCAGUUAGUCCUGUACACCAUGGACCACGAUGAGCAUGAGCGCCAGAGACUCCAAGAGAUUAUGCAGAAAUUUCAGCGGCAAACCCUGGAGGCCAUGAAGAACCUGCUGGCAGGCUCCUUCACUCUGAAACCCCAGGAGCUGGCUGACCUCUUCUAUGACUGUGUGGUCACAGAACUCACGUUAUAUAGACAGGAAGUUCCCUGUCGGGGCAGAGAGAUGGAGGUUCGUUCCCGAGACCACUGAGAGUUCCAUGUGUGAAACAAACCCUACCUGGAUUAUAUGAUACGAUAAGGCUGCGUCUUUAAAAAAAACAAAACCUUAAAAUUGUGGAGUUGGCAAAUGCAGCCUUCAGAAUUCAUUGUUACUGCAAGAGUGAAGACUACGGGCAUGGUUGUGGCUUUGAAAAGUCCAUGAAGGCUGGUGGUUCUGAAAUGUGGAGCAGCCUCUGCAUUUUAAGGGCUACAGAUAAUAAUAAUAAUAAUAAUAAUAAUAAUAAUAAUAAUAAUAAUAAUAAUAAUUUAUUAUUUAUACCCCACCCAUCUGGUUGGUUUUCCCCAGCCACUCUGGGCGGCUUCCAACAGAAGAAUAAAAUAAUCGAUAAAAGAUUAAAAGCCCCUCUAAACGGGGCUGCCUUCAGAUGUCUUCUAAAAAUCUGGUAGCUGUUUUUCUCUUUGACAUCUGAUGGGAGGGCGUUCCACAGGGCGGCGCCACUACCGAGAAGGCCCUCUGCCUGGUUCCCUGCAACUUGGCUUCUCAGGGAACAGCCAGAAGGCGCUCGGUGCUGGACCUCAGUGUCCGGGCAGAACGAUGGGGGUGGAGACGCUCCUUCAGGUAUACUGGACCGAGGCCAUUUAGGGCUUUAAAGGACAGCGCCAACACUUUGAAUUGUGCUCGGAAAAGGCCAUCAUGCAGGUGAAGGAAGAGAAACCAGUGGCCCUUCAGAUGUUGUUGGACCAUCAUCUCCCACUAGUCCCCGAUAGCAUGGACAAUGGCCCAGCUGAUGGGAACUGUCGUCCAACAGUUGUGCUCGGAAACAUACAAACAAGGGAAAGGGUAGUACUUUAGUGCACUUCUGGAAUCUCCAACUGGCUACUGUCAGAAGCAAUGUAGUGGAGCGAGAUGAGGCCUUUUGGAAUUGUUUGGCCUGAGCUGUUGCGGACGCAUUAGAUAGAUCUCAGUCUGCAAGAUAGAUGGGUCUCUGUUUUAGUUUUUCACUUUGUUUUUAGUUUGGAGGGACCAAGAAAAAUAAUCUGGGAGAAGGGCUGUUUCCCCCCCCCAAAAAAAACAGAGAAACGGUCCUCCGAAUUUUAACAUCUGUCUGAGAUAUCCCAAACAUUUUUUCUUAAAACAAGCCAAGAUUCCAGCAAAUGCUUCCAGUGUACUACUAUUGUAGACACAGCACUACAGAAUAACCUGUGAGAUGUAUAUUCCUCUCUUAUAUUGCAGAUGCUGCAAUCCUGAUUUUUUUUCUAGCUCUGUAUCCUCAACCUUACCACCGUUCUCAAUUGCUGAGAUGAUUUGAGAUGGAGCUGCCUUCUAAACAGAUAUCCCAAACCUUUCAGAGGUUUGAUGGUGCAAAUCUAUGAUUAAUCUGAACCUGCAUAUAGCACAAAUACACUUGGGGAGAUGACGCAAAUUGCCUUUAAGAGGCAUAUGCAAGGUUGCAGACCUGCAUCGUUAUUUUGUUUCCUUGCCAAGUUUUUAAGCAGCUCCAAACUCCUAACAAGGAAUUCUGAGCGGCCUCAUAACUCUAUACUUCCCAGGAAUAGCUUUCACAGGUAAGGCUGUUUUCAUCAAGUAGGUCAGAAUUUCAACAGGCACCAAAAAAAAAAAAGCCUUCCUGCGUGUCCUUAGGAAGGAGCAAACCCCACU